AUGCUCGGGAAAAAGAUCGGUUCGAUGAAGAAACUGGCCAAGAAGAUUAAGGUUGUUGGCAACGAGGGUCGUGAUCCAUCACAAAACGAGUGUUUGCUAAGAGAUAAUUACAAAGCCGGAGGAUCCCCGUCAUCCACCAAGACACCACCCGGAACUUUUGCAGUAUACGUAGGGGAGGAGAGAGAGCGAUUCAUGGUGCCAACCAGUUACUUGUCUCACCCUUUGUUCAAGAUGUUGUUAGAAAAGGCCUACAAUGAAUUUGGCUUUGAGCAAAGAAAUGGCUUGGUCGUACCAUGCAGUGUGACUGCAUUUCAAGAAGUUGUAAAUGCAGUGGAAUGCUGCAAUGGGAAAUUUCAUUUUGGGGAUAUGGUAGAGGAGUUUAUAUAG